AUGCCUCGUAGCCCGACAUCAAGUGAAGAUGAAAUGGCACAAAGCUUUUCCGACUAUUCUGUUGAAUCUGAAUCAGACAGCUCCAAAGAAGAAACUAUUUAUGACACAAUUAGAGCAACUGCAGAAAAGCCAAGCAGCAGAAUGGAAGACAGUCAGAGCAACACAUUAGUGAUUCGAAUUAUAAUACCUGAUCUGCAGCAAACGAAAUGCAUUAGAUUUAACCCAGAAGCUUCAGUGUGGGUUGCAAAGCAACGAAUUUUGUGCACUUUGAAUCAGAGUUUGAAAGAUGUCCUGAAUUAUGGACUGUUCCAGCCUGCAAGCAAUGGUAGAGAUGGGAAGUUUCUGGAUGAGGAACGACUUCUUAGGGAAUACCCACAGCCAGUGAAUAAAGGAGUUCCUUCACUAGAGUUUCGAUACAAGAAAAGAGUGUACAAACAGUUCAAUCUUGAUGAAAAACAGCUGGCCAAGCUUCAUACGAAGGCUAAUUUGAGAAAAUUUAUGGAUCAUGUCCACCAUCUCUCAGUGGAAAAAAUCACAAAGAUGUUGGACCGAGGACUGGACCCAAACUAUCAUGACCUAGAAAGUGGAGAAACACCCCUAACUUUGGCAGUUCAGCUUGACAAUACAGUAGAAGUGAUAAAAGCUCUGAAAAAUGGAGGAGCACAUUUGGAUUUCAGAGCCAAAGAUGGAAUGACAGCUCUGCACAAAGCAGCCAGAGCCAAGAACCAAGUAACCCUCAAGACCCUUUUAGAGCUUGGAGCAUCUCCUAACUACAAAGACAGCUGUGGCCUGACACCACUGUACCACACUGCUGUUGUGGGAGGGGAUCCUUAUUGCUGUGAGCUGUUACUUCACGAACACGCUACAGUCAGUUGCAAAGAUGAAAACGGAUGGCAAGAAAUUCAUCAGGCUUGCCGAUAUGGACAUGUCCAACAUCUAGAGCACCUCCUCUUCUACGGCGCCGAUAUGUGUGCGCAGAAUGCCUCGGGAAACACAGCACUGCACAUCUGUGCCCUGUACAACCAGGAGAGCUGUGCAAGAGUGCUGCUGUUCCGGGGAGCCAACAAGGAGAUUAAGAAUUACAACAGCCAGUCUCCAUUUCAGGUGGCUAUAAUAGCUGGAAAUUUUGAGCUCGCUGAAUAUAUCAAGAAUCACAGGGAAGCUGAUAUCGGUUUCCCUUCUCCCCCGUCGCAGCCUGCGGAGCGCCGCUGCGAAGCACCUUUCACACCUCGCUCCCCCCUGCCCUUUGCAAAUAGGAAUUUUUGGCCCCUCGGAGCUCGGGCCGCCUGCACCUCCCUCAGCCCGGUGUUCGCUCCUGCACAAACGCUGGCGGAAGCAAAACAAAGGUUAUAUAAUGAGGGGAUUGCUGCUAAAGUAAAAAGGGAAAAUGAAGUCUUUGUUAAAUGCCUUCACAAAGAAAGAAGUGGGAAUGGAUGCGCCAGUUUUGUGUUUUCUAAAAUCUGUCGGUAUCGACGUGCUCAGCAGUUCUCCGUCCUGGUCCUGCCGCCGUGCCUGAGCACCGUGCCCCUCGUGCUCCCUCCCACUCCCGCCAGAAGGUAUCCCACCAGCCGCUCAAAACUUACAGUAAACAUCCCCCGAAUGCUGGCAAUAUUUGCUUGUGUCGUGCCCUUUAGAGAGGCUCCCACCUAUUCAAACAGAAGGCGGAGACCCCCAAGCACCUUAGCAGCACCUCGGAUCUUGCUUCGUUCCAACAGCGACAACAAUCUGAACAUCAACAACCUCCCUGAGUGGUCAGUCUCCUCCUCUGCUUCUUCACACCGCAGCCUUUCACCUCAUCUACUUCAACAGAUGCAGAAUAAUCCUAAUGGAACUGUAAAAACUGUGGGGAGUUACACUCCGUCCUCCCGGAGCCGGUCGCCAUCCCUAAACAGGCUGGGAGACGAUGCCAAACGACAGCAGCACAGGCACAUCAGUGCCGUUUACAAUCCUAGUGCCAACAAGGAUACUCUGUCUGCCUUGGAUUAUCAGGGUCCAAAACGCAAGCUUUACAGUGCUGUACCUGGAAGACUUUUUAUUGUCGUAAAGCCAUAUCAACCUCAAGGAGAAGGGGAAAUUCAUCUGCACAAAGGAGAUAGAGUCAAAG